AUGCCUGGCUUGGAGAAGCGGGCGUUGGAGGAGCACCUGAAGGCCAUGUUCCCUAGACAUCACUUCAUCAGAGUCAGGCAUAGAAACGGAAUCGAGUUCCUUCGAACCACGAACACGACUACGGACGAGAGCGAUUGGAGUCAGAUGGAGAGGGGCGACGAAGAGCAGCGAGACUCGCAGGAGAACAUAACCAACGUGAAGGGAACUACCACAGACGAGAAGCAGGGAGACGUCGCACACGCCGGCGAAGAUGAGCAGGAUGAGGGAGAGAAGGCUGAAGAUGAGAAGAUGAGAAAUGCAUAUCUGAGUGGUCUAUCGAACUAA